AUGGGAAAGGGCGAGACGAAGGUCCUGUACGACCGCCUCGCGCCAGCGGGGGGGUUAGGCCUGGGCCUAGGCCUCGGCGUGAGCCUCGGCCUCGCGGGGGCUCAGCCCGAGGCUCCGAACGACUCCAGGAACGAGACGCGCAUAGGCGGCACCGCGGUCGCGCGAGCGCCGCUGCCGGUCACCAGCGAAGGUCUCGGGGACGACUUCAUCGACUUCGGGUCCGAGGACGACGUCCCCGAGGCGAACCGCGCGGCCGCGACGCGGCGACUCACCGAGGAAGCCGCGGCGGCGGCGGCGGAGGAGGAGGCUGAGGAAAAAGCGUGGGAGGACGACGCGAACGCGGCGCCGGACCCGCCGUGGAGCCCGCCCGGGACCGCAGAGAGACUGCGAAAGCUCAAGUCCCCGCUCGUGCGCCUGCACGCGGAGAUUGUCGACUUUUGCCGCUUCUUAGAGCCCACCGCGGAGGAGGCGGAGGGACGAAAAGCCGCCGUCGACCGCGUGCGCGCGGCGGUGCUCUCGAUAUGGCCGCAGUCUCGGUUCGAAGUCCACGGCUCGUUCGCGACGGGGAUGUACCUCCCGAACAGCGACAUCGACGCGGUGAUCUUAGACAGCGGCGCGCAGUCCCCGGCGCUGUGCUUGAAAGCCCUCGCGCUCGCGUUGAGCCGACGGGGCAUGGCGAGGAACAUUCAGCUCAUCUCGAAGGCGCGGGUCCCGAUCGUAAAGUUCGAGGAAGCGCCGAGCGGGUUCCAAUUCGACAUCUCGUUCGACGUCGCGAACGGUCCCGCGAGCGCGGAGAUCGUCAGGAUGAACAUGCGGCGUUUCCCGGCUUUGAGGCCGUUAACGACCGUGCUGAAGGCGUUUUUACAACAGCGCGCGUUGAACGAGGUGUACACCGGAGGGAUCGGCUCGUAUGCGCUUCUGUGCAUGGUCAUGGCGCACCUUCAGCUGCACGACUCGUCGUCCGCGGCGAGCAACUGGGCGGGGGAGAGCGGCGGCGACGCCGCCGCGGAAGGGUGCCUCGGCGCGCUGCUCAUCGACUUUUUCGAGCUCUACGGCAGGCGGUUAAACACGGAGGAGGUUGGGAUCUCGUGCCGCGGCGGCGGGCGAUUUUUCGCGAAGAGGGACAAGACCUGGCACGACCCGGGGCGGCCGUUUCUUCUCGCGAUCGAGGACCCGCAGGACCCGACGAACGACUUAGGGCGGAACAGCUACGCCGCGCGGCAGGUCAAAUCCGCCUUCGAGCACGCGUUUACGUUGAUGACCGCGCCCGUCGUCGAUCGCAAAGAUUUUUUGUUGCGUCGAAUCGUUCGCAUGGACCCGAAGACGUUGAAGGGUCGACCGGCGCCGUCGGAGCCCGGCGCGAUCGCGGGCGUCGCCGCGGACUUUGCGAACUACGCGUUCGCGGGCGGCGGCGGCGGCGGCGGCGGCGGCGGCGGCGGGCACGGGCAGAAAAGGAAGGCGGCGGCGACGCCCGCGCGAGGGGACUCGUCGAGCUCGUCGAGCUCGUCGAGCGACUCCGCGUCGGACACGGUGUCCCCGUCCGGGACCGAGGACGACGAGAUGAGCGUCUCCGAGGACGACUACGACUCAGAGGAGGACGACGACGGCGUGGACGACUACCACGACGACGACGACGAGGCCUUGGAGAUCGUGACCGUGUCGGACGACGACAGCGACGACGACAGCGAGGAGGGGCAGGUGCGCGCGAGCGGCGGCGGCGGCGGACGCGGGCGCGGACGCGGCGGCGGGCGCGAACGCGGCGGGAGAGCGAAAGGCCGCGGGGGUCGCGGAAAUGGGAACGCGUUCAAGACGCCAGCGAACAAGAAAAGGAAGAAGGACGGCGGCGACGGGGGCGGCGGGUAUGGGUAUUUCUCCAGGGGACGUCCGGGAGGAAGCGGCGGUGGCGGCGGCGGCGGCGGCGGCGGCGGGUUCUCCGUGACUGCGACCCGCGACGGCGGCCGCCACGUCUCGUUCUGA